CGGAAACGCUCAGGGUGACAUUUCACAGCAGGGCACAGGCAUGAAGCUAUGGGAUUGCUGCUAAGUUGAUGCCUUUUUCCACAUUGGAGUUUAUAUAUAUUUUAUCGGUAACGUUAGCCUUGUGAGUGUAAUAAUAACGGAAUGGCUGCGUGGACCUGCCGAGUUCUUCUCUACAGAGGAGCACGUGUGCUAGCUGGACGAACCGGAGCGGUAGCAGCCGACAGGUAACGUUGACACACUAGCUAAGCUAGCUAUCUAACUAACGUUACCUGUAGGCUCUACUUUAGCUAACGAUACUGUAGUUCUUGUGACCGAUAGUUAGCGAACUACUGCAGUUUUGGUGACAGACUGCUAACUAGCUGGCUACUAGCUACUGUAGUUUUAGUCAAUUAGUUAGCUAACUUUAUAAUUCUAGAUAGUCAGUACUGUAACUUAGGUUUGGGACACUACAUCGGGACUCCCAAUGUUGUGUCCCAAACCUAAAUAGUCAGCUGAUGUGACAGCCAACAGUGCCACUGCCUACGGAAUGCCAAGUGAAACUAGUUCACUCAAAUUACUUAAAUUGUUAACGUUAGCUACCUUGGAAGUAGUUUAUGGACAAUAAUCCGCUUUGGGUUUAUCUAGCUACCUAGCUAGCCACUAUCCAACUGCUAUCUCUUACCCCUUUCUAACCAAAACCAAUGAAAGUCAAUGCACCCCAACUGUAUCAUACCUUAAUCAUCUCUUUCUCUGUCUACAGCUGUCUCUUUCAGAGUGUUCGGACAGUGAAGACUACAACAUGGUGGGAGGAGCAUCUGACAGAGGAUAAUAAAUCAUAUAUGAGGUUGGUCGUGUGUGUAUUCCACCAAUACACCGGAAGUACUGUAGAAUAUAUGCAAUAUAAGUAUUGAAUGAAUUGUGUUCUCGCAUGUUUUCCAGGAAGAGUCUGGGAGAGGAGUAUAAUCGACAGAUAGCUGCUAAGCUCCACCCACUGAAGGAUGAGCCCUGGCCCAGACAAGAAUGGACAGAGGGUGUGUGUGUUCACUGUGUGUUCACUUUGUGUGGUGUGUGAGAGUUGUUGGUUUUCGUUUGUGCUUGGGUGGGUGGGAGUAUUAAUGUGUGUGUUCAUCCAGAGAGUCGGCGGGUAGGGCUGGUUGCAGUGAAGUUGGGCAUGGCCCCAGUCUGGACCAAAACAGGAGAGAGACACGUGGUGACCAUGCUACAGGUAACACACAUACGUACACACGACACCACACACACAUGUUCACAAUCUCUCACACACAUGCAAAAACACACAGUCAAACAAAAGUCACAGGUGGUGGUGUGUGUUGAAGGUGCAGGAUUGCCAUGUGUUGAAGUACCUGUCUAAAGAGGAGUACGAUGGACACACUGCCGCCCUGGUGGUGGGAGGGAAGAACGCAUCGCCCUUCUACGUAAGUUUAAUGGCACACUGUUACACUGUAAGCCAUACUGUAUAAAGUAGUUCAUUUACCCUUUCUCUCUCUCUGUGUCACACCCUCUGUCUCCUUUUUCUUUCUCCUUCUCACUCUCUCUCCCGCUUCUCUCUCUCACUCUCCCCUGUAGAAGACAGAUGAAGAGAUGGAGAUGUUUAGGUUGGCCGGAGUUCCUCCCAAACAGAAAGUCACCACCUUUAAAGUCUCUGACAAUGCUAUCAUCAAACCAGGUAUAUACACACACUAUAUAAACACAGACUAUACGAACACACACACACAUUAUAAACACACACCACCAUCAUCAAACCAGGUACACACCAAAUCAAAUUGUAUUGGUCACAUACACGUGUUUAGCAGCUGUUAUUGCGGGUGUAGAGAAAUGCUUGUGCUUCUAGCUCCGACAGUGCAGUAAUAUCUAACAAGUAAUAUCUAACAAUUUCACAACAUAUACCCAAUACACACAAAUCUAAGUAAGGAAUGGAAUUAAGAAUAUAUACAUAUAUGGACGAGCGAUGUCAGAGCGGCAUGGACUAAGAUACAGUAGAAUAGUAUAGAAUACAGUAUAUACAUAUGAGAUGAGUAAUGCAAGAGAUGUAAACAUUAUUAAAGUGACUAGUGUUCCAUUUCUUAAAGUGGCCAGUGAUUUCUAGUCUAUGUCUAUAGGCAGCAGCCUCUAAUGUGCUAGUGAUGGCUGUUUAACAGUCUGAUGGCCUUGAGAUUGAAAAAAGCUUCUAUCUCUCGGUCCCAGCUUUGAUGCACCUGUACUGACCUCGCCUUCUGGAUGAUAACGAAGUGAACAGGCAGUGGCUCGGGUGGUUGUUGUCCUUGAUUAUCUUUUUGGCCUUCCUGUGACAUCGGGUGCUGUAGGUGUCCUGGAGGGCUGGUAGUUUGCCCCCGGUAAUGCGUUGGGCAGACUGCACCACCCUCUGGAGAGCCUUGCGGUUGCGGGCGGUGCAGUUGCCGUACCAGGCGGUGAUCCAGCCCGACAGGAUGCUCUCAAUUGUGCAUCUGUAAAAGUUUGUGAGGGUUUUAUGUGCCAAGCCACAUUUCUUCAGCCUCCAGAGGUUGAAGAUGCUCUGUUGCGCCUUCUUCACCACACUGUCUGUGUGGGUGGUCCAUUUCAGUUUGUCAGUGAUGUGUACGCCAAGGAACUUGAAGCUUUCCACCUUCUCCACUGCAGUCCCGUCAAUGUGGAUAGGGGGGUGCACCCUCUGCUGUUUCCUGAAGUCCACGAUCAUCUCCUUUGUUUUGUUGACGUUGAGUGAGAGGUUAUUUUCCUGGCACCACACUCCCAGAGCCCUCACCUCCUCCCUGUAGGCUGUCUCGUCAUUGUUGGUAAUCAAGCCUACUAAUGUUGUGUCGUCUGCAAACUUGAUGAUUGAGUUGAAGGCGUGCUUGGCCACACAGUCAUGGGUGAGCAGGGAGUACAGGAGUGGGCUGAGUACACACCCUUGUGGGGCCCCACCUGGGGGGCGGCCCGUCAGGAAGUCCAGGACCCAGUUGCACAGGGCGGGGUUCAGACCCAGGGCCUCAAGCUUAAUGAUGAUCUUGGAGGGUACUAUGGUGUUGAAUGCUGAGCUAUAGUCAAUGAACAGCAUUCUGUGAUGGCGAUUGCAUCGUCUGUGGAUCUAUUGGGGCGGUAAACAAAUUGAAGUGGGCCUAGGGUGGCAGGUAAGGUAGAGGUGAUAUGAUCCUUGACUAGUCUGUCAAAGCACUUCAUGAUGACAGAGGUGAGUGCUACGGGGCGAUAGUCAUUUAGUUCAGUUACCUUUGCUUUCUUGGGUACAGGAACAAUGGUGGCCAUCUUGAAGCAUGUGGGAACAGCAGACUGGGAUAGGGAGAGAUUGAUUAUGUCCAUAAACACACCAGCCAGCUGGUCUGUGCAUGCUCUGAGGACGCGGCUAGGGAUGCCGUCUGGGCCGGCAGCCUUGCGAGGGUUAACACAUUUAAACGUCAGCCACGGAGAAGGAGAGCCCACGGUCCUUGGUAGCGGACCGCGUCGGUGGCACUGUGUUAUCCUCAAAGCGGGCGAAGAAGGUGUUUAGCUUGUCCGGGAGCAAGAUGUUGGUGUCAGCAACGUGGCUGGUUUUCCUUUUGUAGUCUGAGAUUGUCUGUAGACCCUGCCACAUACGUCUCGUGUCUGAGCCGUUGAAUUGCGACUCCACUUUAUCGUGAUACUGACGUUUUGCCUAAUUGAUUGCCUUAUGGAGUGAAUAACUACACUGUUUGUGUUCUGCCAUAUUCCCAGUCACCUUGCCAUGGUUAAAUGCAGUGGUUCGUGCUUUCAGUUUCGCUGCCAUCUAUCCACGGUUUCUGAUUUUAGUAGUUCAGUGGGUAUGGCAUCUCCUAUACACUUCCCGAUAAACAAAAUGUUUGCAAGCUACCCGGAACAUAUCCCAGUCUGCGUGAUCAAAACAAUCCUGAAGCGUGGUGAGGAAGAUGGAGAGGGGAAGAUGGCUCAUAAUAAUGGCAGGAAUAUAUGGAAAACAUGUUUGAUACCAUUCUACUCACGCUGCUUGUGGUCCACACACACACUCACACCAUAUACACACACACAGACUAUACGAAAACACACACACACAUUAUAAACACACUGCCAUCAUCAAACUAGGUACAGAAUCCAACUACACUGUAUAACCCUAUCCCUCUCUCUCCGUGUGUGUCCACUCCAGGCACUCCUCUCUAUGCAGCACACUUCCGUCCAGGACAAUAUGUAGAUGUUACAGCCAAAACGUGAGUUAUGUCUCCCCGCCCUCAUCUCUGUCUCUGGAGAAUUGUUCAAUUUCUAUGUUCUAUUUCUAGAAUUAUUUUUUGUUCUCAAGUGUGUGUGUGUGUGUAGUAUUGGUAAGGGUUUUCAGGGGGUGAUGAAGCGGUAUGGGUUUAAAGGUCAGCCAGCGUCUCACGGCCAGACCAAAACACACCGCAGACCUGGAGCCUCGGGACCUGGAGGGGUAAGACACACACCAUAGUUGACUGUUUAAAUGUUUGGGGGAAAAUAAAUACAUCUAAAUAAAUAUGUAAUAUCUUAUUCACAUACACGCACUCACACACUUAAACACUUGUCUCUCUUCAGGAUCCAGCCAAAGUCUUCAAAGGGAAGAAGAUGCCAGGCAUGAUGGGAAAUGUGUUUGACACUGCCCACGGCCUUAAGGUACGCACCCCCUCAACCCACACACAUACACUCUGAGUCCAUGUAAGCACCUUUGUGGAUAAUCGGAGCAGUGUGAAAAACAGAGCUUGUACUCUCUUUAGUAGUCCCAUUCUGAGUGCUUGCCAAAACCCUUUAUCUAACUGGUCCACAACACCCAAAAGCAAUAUCUUGCACAAACGUCCGACUCUAUUCUCUCUCUCUCUAGGUAUGGAGAGUUAACACUAGGUAUAAUGUUAUCUAUGUUCACGGCUCCGUCCCUGGCCACAAGAACUGCUUACUGAAGGUAAGACACACGUUUGUCCAUCACAGCCAGACUUACCAUGCUCCUAGGUGCUCUUCUAUUGGUCUGGCAGAUAAAGUUACUGACCUUUUGUUUAUCCAAUCAUAUGGUUUUAUAAAGUUACUGACAUGUUUAUCCAUUCAUAUGGUUUUAUAGUUACUGACAUGCUGUUUACCCAAUCAUAUGGUUUUAUAGUUACUGACAUGUUGUUUACCCAAUCAUAUGGUUUUAUAGUUACUGACAUGUUGUUUACCCAAUCAUAUGGUUUUAUAGUUACUGACAUGUUGUUUAUCCAAUCAUAUGGUUUUAUAGUAACUGACAUGUUGUUUAUCCAAUCAUAUGGUUUUAUAGUAACUGACAUGUUGUUUAUCCAAUCAUAUGGUUUUAUAGUUACUGACAUCAGUGGAGGCUGCUGAGGGGAGGACGGCUCAUAAUAAUGGCUGGAACGAGCUCCUGAGUGGCGCAGUGGUCUAAGGCACUGCAUUGCAGUGCUAACUGUGCCACUAGAGAUCCUGGUUCGAAUCCAGGCUCUGUCGCAGCCGGCCGCGACCGGGAGACUCAUGGGCGGCGCACAAUUGGCCCAGCGUCGUCCAGGGUAGGGGAGGGAAUGGCCGGCAGGGAUGUAGCUCAGUUGAUAGAGCAUGGCGUUUGCAACGCCAGGGUUGUGGGUUCGUUUCCCAUGGGGGGCCAGUAUAAAAAAAAUAAUUAUUCACUAACUGUAAGUCGCUCUGGAUAAGAGCGUCUGCUAAAUGACUAAAAUGUAAAUGUAAAAUGAAUGGAAUGGCAUCAGACACAUGGAAACCAUGGAAACCAUAUGUUUGAUGUUGAAAGCGUUCCACCUAUUUCACUCCAGGCAUUACCACGUGCCAGUCCUCCCCAAUUAAGGUGCCCCCAACCUCCUGUGACUGGCAUGUUUGUCCAAUCAUAUGGUUUUAUAGUUACUGACAUGUUGUUUAUCCAAUCAUAUGGUUUUAUAGUUACUGACCAUGUUGUUUGUCCAAUCAUAUGGUUUUAUAAAGUUACUGACAUGUUGUUUAUCCAAUCAUAUGGUUUUAUAGUUACUGACCAUGUUGUUUGUCCAAUCAUAUGGUUUUAUAAAGUUACUGACAUGUUGUUUGUCCAAUCAUAUGGUUUAGGUGAGGGACUCUAACCUACCGACUUCUGUGGAGAAGAACAUCAACCCUCCGUUUCCAACGUUCUUCUGUGAGGAGGACGAACAGCUGCCUGAAGACCUGUACGAUGAAGACAUGUUCAUACACACACAGCCCUCACUCACACUCUAACGCACACACACACACACAGCCCUCACUCACACUCUAACGCACACACACACACACACAGAGAGCCCUAACGCUUACACACAGACAUACACAUAAUCUCAUCUCAUUGUUAUGGUGACCAACUGUGACAUGUAGGGUUAACAGUCAACUAUUUAAAUGUUUUCUAGCCACACCCCUCUGUAG